UCGGAAACCAGCUGCCGAGCAGUGAAGGACGGUGAACGUAAAGCAGGACAGAUGUAUUAGCCGAAGGAUUUUUAAUGUGCUUCCGAGCCCAAUUUCCGCUGCGAGCGAGAGGCUGUGAGAUAGUAACGGAAAAGCGACUAUCCAGAGAGAUUUUCCUCAUCGGAAAAUAUCAAAACUAUCCGUUAAAUAGUCUACGCGGUGAGCCUAAAAGAGAAGAAACGAGGUUGAGCAGCAGUUGGAUGCAGAGAGGAGCUCCAUUUUUCACCUUCUUUGAGAUCUUGCCAGGAGGCUCCAAAAAUUAGCAAGAGGAGGAAGAUUCUGUCUUGGUUUUUUGCAGUUCCUUCACAAUAUUUGGAGUAAGAGGAGAAUUUUUUUUGAGUCAUAGAGGAGUGCAGUUUUUAAAGUCUGUGAUAGUAUUUAUUCGAGAAAUAUUAAAGUAUAAAAAGCCGACAUUAUAGUUGUCGUCGAAGAGUCCAAUAUUGGAUGAAGAUAUGUGUAUCGUUUAAACGACGAUCAAGAGAGAACAUACAGAGUGUAAAUAGGCUUUGUAUAUUUAUUUAUAUCUGUGAUACCUACCACUGAUAUACAUCGAUCUGAUCCCAUCGUACAAAGGAAGAGGAGUUAAUCGACAUCAAAGAGAUUUUCUGCAAUUUUUUCGUAGUGGGUUGAAGAUUGUAUCAGUAACUUUAGAGUUUAAGCGUUUUUUUGUAUAUACGACUGAAACUUUUUUAUAAUUAUUGAUAUCAGUGCGAUUGCAUUAGUGUCGAAGAACGAUCCCUCACGAUAAACGAGUGGAAAACACUUCGGAACGGUUGAUUCAUUGUUGAGCGCGUGACGUGUGUUAAAUUUCAACAAAAAUGGUGGAGAAGAUUCUGGAAGAACGCGAGGAUUCGCGACAAGAAAGUGGUCGAGGUGAUGGUGUAUCUUCAACUGGAGAGUCAAUGAGUUCGGUGCAAGCUCGCCAGGAAGAAGCCAGACGCAAAAGACGCAGGAAGAAGAGAUCUGGUUCAUCCUUGGUGUCUUCUUGCUUUCAAGAACUCUACAAACUCACUGGGGAAGUUCUUGGUGAAGGCGCCUACGCUUCAGUACAAGCUUGCACCUCAUUAUACACUGAUCUGGAAUAUGCUGUUAAAAUCAUCGACAAGAUUCCAGGCCAUGCUCGAACUAGGGUGUUCAAGGAAGUGGAGACUUUCCACCACUGCCAAGGACAUCCCAACAUUAUUCAGCUCAUUGAAUUUUUCGAAGAUGACGACAAAUUCUACCUCGUCUUUGAAAAGGUGAAUGGUGGCCAGCUAUUGCGCAGAAUUCAAGAGAAAAAUCACUUCAGCGAGAGGGAGGCAAGCCAAAUCAUCAAAGAAAUUGCCAGUGCACUCAAUUUCCUUCAUAAAAAAGGAAUUGCUCACAGGGAUCUGAAGCCAGAGAACAUAUUGUGUGUUCAUCCUGACAAACUGACACCAAUAAAAGUGUGCGAUUUUGAUCUUGGAUCGGGAAUAAAAUUCAACAACUCCCUGUCAAGUCCAGUAGCAACUCCUCAACUCUUAACACCAGUUGGCAGUGCAGAGUUUAUGGCACCAGAAGUAGUGGAGGCUUUUAUCGGAGAGGCAAAUUACUACGAUAAGAGAUGUGAUCUUUGGAGUCUGGGCGUUAUUAUGUACAUUCUACUGUGCGGCUAUCCUCCGUUUUAUGGAAAUUGCGGCACUGACUGUGGCUGGGAAAGGGGUGAGAAUUGCAGAGCCUGCCAGCAAAUGCUCUUCACCAGUAUCCAGGAAGGCAACUAUGAAUUUCCCGACAGUGAAUGGACAACUAUUUCCGAAGACGCCAAGGACCUCAUUAGAGGUUUGCUCGUUAAAAACGCCCAUCAAAGACUCAGUGCGGAGUGUGUCCUCGAACAUCCUUGGAUCACGCCUGGACCCAGUCGUGUUGAGUGUGGAAACAGGUCCUUGGUCACUCCGCACAUCAUAAGGAGGAACAACUCAGCUCGUGAAUUGUCUGCCUUUGCCGAAUCAGCCAUGGCGGUGAAUCGCGUGGUUUUCCAGCAUUUCUCCGUGAAUUUGGAGGAGCUCUUAGAGAACAGAGAGCCAAGAUUGUCGACAUCAUCAACUGACGACGAUAAUCAUCCAUACGGUCAUAUGUCUGACUCAAGCAGUGAAUUGUCAGAACACAGUAAUAAGAAUGGCGCGACACAUUCGUCUUGCGAAUUUGAACCUGGCUCGCGCCACAGAUCUUCUUCGGUGCGUUCUAGUAUCGAUCUAAGUGAUUCCAAGAUCAUCGGUAAGAAUCGAUUGAUCGACAAGGAUCCAAUAAAAAAUUUGUUUGGUCUAUCACCACCCAGCGAAAGUCUGCUAAUGCAGAGACGUUUAAAAGCUCGUUCGACUCUUCUUGAACGUCAAAAUACGCCGAUUGUCGCAUCACCAAGUGGCUAAAAAUGCGAACAUACACAUAUAUUUUUUCUUGAAAAAAAAAAACAUUUCCCUUUCUCGCUGCAGUAAUUCGUCUUUAUAUCCACAACUUUAAAAAAAAACAGCCACACACCAUCGACAAAAAGAAAAACAAUUUUGUGAAUUUCUAAUUCAAUUUUUGUGAUUUCUAAUCGGGACGUGAAUUUGUUUCAUGUCUCCGAUAUUUUGACUGCAACGAAAACGACGUUACCGAUGACAUUCACUGAUUAGUAAUGUCGAUCACUAUCAAUAGUUACUAUAUUCAGUUUCAAUUUAGACAGUUAUGUUUACCGUAAAAAUUAGCUUCUUAUUCCGAUUAAUUUUUUCAAACAGUGUUUUUUCAUCUUUUAAACGUUUCUUUUAAGACAAUACGCGAUGAUGUCUCUGCGCUUUUCCACUGACUGGUAGUAAUAAUACUAAUAAUAAUAUUAAUCAUCAUAAUCAUAAUAGAAAGUAAUACAAGUCUCAACUUUCAUAUAUUUUUUUUUUUAUAAUUUUAAUAAUUCAGUUUUGUAGAAUUUGUGAGAAUUUGGAAAAGUAUGCAGAGAUGAUUCCCGUAAAUUCUGUUUAAUCAGACACGCACAGGAAUAAAAAAAAGUAAACGUAUUUUCUUGAUUAUAAAAACGUUAACGUUGACAGUAAAGUUACUAACUUUUCUUUUUUGACAGCUUGAACCAAGAUAUAACAUACAUGUAUAGUACACGUAACUCGAUUUUUGUUUUGAGAAGGAGUUUCCCUCCCUCUCAUGGUAAUAUUGUGCGUAGUAUUUACACACAAAGAAUAUUUUCAAUUUGGUGAAGUUGCUGAAAAUUUGAAAAAUAUUAAAGAAUUUUCUCGAUGAUGCGCAUACUUAUCUGCAAACAUCGAAAAACUCGAUUUGAAUUAUUGUAUAAUUCGUUCGUCCCAAGGUUUUUAAAAAGACAUUGAGGAAACAAAUUGUGAUAGAAUAUUUGUGAAUAAACCCCUUGUGCGGUGCAUAGUUUGCUCAGUAAGUGUUUAAGAACUUUGUAAUAAUUUAACAAUCGCUUGGAGAAGCAAAAAAAUAUUUUUUAAAAAUAGAAGGGGAAAGGGACGAACGAUUAAUGAUUUAUAUAGUUGUCUUAACAACUGUUUUUAAAAAAAAACUAUAGUGAUUUAAAGAAAACAUUCGCAUAGCGUGAAAUCCUUUAACAUUAAAUUUGUACCUGUAUCAAAAGCAAGCGUUAAGCGAGAAGAGAAACAACAUUAGAUUAGAUUUAUAUAUUUAGAAGGAACAAAGGGGCAAAGUAAAUCCAAUUUUGAAGAAUUUUGAAAAUCGAAUUAAAAAUUUCAAUUGUUAUAAAAUUAAUUUUUCUUCUUCUGUUUUCUAUAAUUAAUUUUUUCAAUUACUUUGUUCAUGUUCCUUGAAAAAAUUUGACCGAAAUAAUGAGAGAUUGGCGCGUGAUUUUCAUCGAAACUUUCACGUUAUACACUUCCUUGGUAAAAGCCCAAUUUUCUUGGUAUUUCCUUUAAAAAGAUGGCAUUAGCAUUGCUGUCUAUCGUUGUUUUUUUUUUAUUUGGGUCCGCUUAUAAACAGUUGUCGCGACCUUGGGAGUUGUUUCACUCAGGGCAGAAAGAAUUAAAAUGCGCCAAUUCUUAACCUGCUUUUGUUCUGUUCAAAGAGUCAAAGAACAGGAAACAAAACUUUUUACGUGAGACUCUCGUGUUUAAUAUUCUUUGAGAUCUUUCUUCCCUUGGAGAAAAAUAAACACGAGGAAUCUUAACGAAUUUGUAGGCGAUAGGCGUCCAAAACGUAGCUUGAGUCAGUCGUUGAGUUGAGAUUAGGCUUUUCUCAUAAUAUAUAAUUGAUAAACAUUCGAACGUAGUGGAAUGUCAGUAACGCAUUUUAUGAAUUAGAAUAACUCGAAUUUUUGUCUGGAUAUUGUUUUUUUUCUCCUGAGUUUUAAUAAGAUGUUUUUACAUGUGAAAGAAAAGUAUAGAAAAGACUAAAAAAAAAAAAUAGAGUUAUUGAAAAAAAACAAAUCCAGACAGUAAUUCAGAGACGAUAAGUGCAUUUUUUUCGACAAUUCAACGACUGAAUAAAGCUACACUUGUAAACUUCGUGUAUAUAAAAACAAAUCCUUACGACAUAUAUUAAAACGAGAAAAGCAAUGUCUAAAGUUGAAAGAAUGAGAAGUUACAAAACAAAGCCAUAUUUAGCGCUUCUCGAAAUUUUAAAAAUCCGUUUUUAACGAUCGUUUUUUCAGCGACAAAUCGAUUUAAAAAAAAAAUGUACACUCUUGAAAGAAUCGUUACUUGUUUUCCUCCACAUUCGCAGGCUCGAAAAUACAAAAAAAAAAAUUUUACGAUAAUAUUAUCGAGAGUGUACCACUUUCAAUAAACGAUCGUUUAUUUUUUUUUAAUGAAUGAAGUGUGAGAUUAUGAACGAAGUAUGAAAUAUGAAAUGAAAAUAAGGCAGAAUAUAAAAAUGGCCAUAAUUAUCACCUUGUUAGCGGUUUAUCCGCGAGUGAUUGGUGCGAGAGUUAUGGAAGAAUGUUUGUGAAUCGUGUGUAAGAUGAUAGAAGAGUACUAAAAAAUUAACUAUUAGCUUCUAAGAGAAAGAAGAAAAAAAGUCCUUUUUUAUAGAUUAAGCUACCGCUCGCUAAAUUAUUAAAAAAAAAAUAGACACCGGGUGCAAUAACAACGUGAGAAACAUUUCCCUCGGUGUCUCAAUUGUAAGAAAUCGAUCAUGAAAAAUUUCCGUUUUAUCUAAUAGUUAAAUAAUAAUUAAAUAUAUUUCACUCUCAUCUCUAAAAAUAAGUAUUUUUGUUCCUUUUUGAUUACAUUUAAAAAUAUUUAUAUUCUUCUUUAUACAAUAUUUUUGUCAUGAUCGAUUCUAAAUUGUCAUUGUCAUCGAUAGUUUUUACAAUGAAUUUUCCGACUAGACAGAGAGCGGUAAAUUAUACACGUACACAUAUAUAAUUCUUUUUCUCUUUACUUCGUGCAUUAUUUUUUCAGAGUAUGCGAGAGCAUUGCGUGUUUGAAAAGGGAUUCAGAAUUACAAAAGAAAAAAAAGCGAAUGAAUUAUUGGCGUCUGUAAAAGUUAUACACUAAGAGAGAAGAGCGAGAUUUUCGUUACUUUUUUAAAGAGCGAGAGAGGAGAAGAGAAUUGAUAAAAGAGAAGGUGAUAAAGACGAAAAAAAUGACAAAAAAAAAAUAAAAAUAAAGUCAUACGAAUCAUCUUUUAA